CGCGCCGCGCAUCGCCUGCGCCGCUCCCGUUACCGAGGCAACCGCGGCGCCGACUCCGCGCCGGCUGGGAUCGUCUCUCGGCGCCAUUUUCAAACUGUCCUAGCGCCGGUGCCGGAGUCUGGGGCGGAAGGAGCCAGCGAGGGAGGCGACGCGCGAGGGGCGAUGCGGCCGCAGGCGGAGGAAGCGGCGGCUGGAGCUGGGGGACUUUAAUUUUGGGGAGUGAAUAAAACUAGUCUUGGAAGACAAGAUGACUGCAGCUGCAGAAAGAAAGUACAUUAAUAUUAGAAAAAGAUUGGAUCAGUUGGGAUACCGCCAGACUCUGACAGUGGAGUGUUUACCAUUGGUAGAAAAACUUUUCAGUGACCUAGUUCAUACAACAGAAAGUCUUCGGAAAUCAAAAUUAUCUACUGUGAAAGCUGAAAAAGAAAGUGCCAAUUUUGAUUUUGUUUUGGAACCUUAUAAACUUGAAAAUGCAAGAUUGAUCAAGGAAAAUAAUGAAUUAUACCUGGAAUUAAUGAAACUGAGAGAACAAUCAGGUCAACACAUUAAAGAGUUGAAAACUACGUUGAAGAAGUGUGCACGUGAAACAGCUGAUCUGAAAUUUCUAAAUAACCAAUAUGUUCAUAAACUCAAACUUUUGGAGAAAGAGAGCAAAGCUAAGAAUGAAAGAAUUCAACAACUUCAAGAAAAGAAUUUGCAUGCUGUAGUACAAACUCCAGGUGGCAAAAAAAGAAGUAUUGCUUUCAGGCGCCAGCGUAUGCAGAUUGAUGAACCAGUCCCUCCCUCCGAAGUCAGUUCAUAUCCAGUUCCGCAGCCUGAUGACCCUUACAUUGCAGACCUCCUGCAGGUGGCUGAUAACAGAAUUCAAGAACUGCAGCUGGAAGUCCACCAGUUACAAGAAAAGUUAGCAAUGAUGGAAAGUGGACUGAGAGAUUAUACGGAGCAGAUUGAGCUAAGAGAACGAGAGAUAGAACGACUAUCAGUAGCAUUGGACAGUGGCCGUUCCCCUGAUAUUCUCUCUCUGGAGACUAGAAAUAAAACCAAUGAAAAACUUAUUGCUCAUUUAAAUAUUCAGGUUGACUUUCUUCAGCGAGCUAAUAAAGACCUGGAGAAGCAUAUACAGGAGCUUAUGGAAACCAAGGAAACAGUGACUACUGAAGUUGUUAAUCUAAGUAACAAAAAUGAAAAACUCUGCCAGGAAUUAACUGAAAUAGAUCAGUUAGCACAGCAGUUAGAGAGACAUAAAGAAGAAGUGCUUGAGACUGCCGAUAAAGAACUUGAGGAAGCAAAGAAAGAGAUUAAAAGAAAGCUUUCUGAAAUGCGGGAUCUUGAAGAAACAAUGGCAAAACUUCAACUGGAAUUAAACUUAUGCCAUAAAGAAAAGGAGAGACUGAGUGAUGAACUACUUAUAAAGUCAGACCUGGAAACUGUUGUUCAUCAGCUUGAACAAGAAAAGCAAAGACUUAACAAAAAAAUGGAAAGUUUUGCAGUUACAGAAAGAGAACUUACUCUGGAAGUUGAAAGGAUGAGGCUAGAACAUGGAAUAAAACGUCGAGACAAGUCACCCUCUCGUUUAGAUACAUUUCUGAAAGGUAUAGAAGAAGAACGAGAUUUUUAUAAGAAAGAACUAGAAAGACUCCAACAUAUAAUACAGCGAAGAUCUUGCUCUAUAAAUUAUUCUACACGUGAAAAAAUUCCAAUAUUUAAAACACUAGAAAAGGGUGAUUACAACUCAGAAAUUCAUCUGGUCACAAGAGAAAGAGAUGAACUUCAGCGUAUGCUGGAAAGAUUUGAAAAACAUAUGGAGGACAUACAGUCCAAUGUUAAAUUAUUGACAGCAGAAAGAGAUAAACUAAGUGUCUUAUAUAAUGAAGCUCAGGAACAGUUAUGUGCACUAAGACAAGAGUCUACCAAAACCACAGUCUCGCAUAAUAUUGUGAGUCUUAUGGAGAAAGAAAAAGAACUUGCAUUAUCUGACUUAAGAAGGAUUAUGUCAGAAAAAGAAGCUUUAAAAGAAAAGUUAAAAGAUCUCCAGGAAAUGAGUAUUUUUGAAAAAUCAAAAUUAGAGAAAACUAUUGAACAUUUGACAUGUAUUAACCAUCAGCUUGAGGAUGAAAAAUGUGAUUUAAAGUCUAAAGUGUUAAUAAUGAAAGAAACAGUAGAGUCAUUAGAGAACAAAGCAAAACUCCAAGCUCAAAAACUUAGCCAUGUGGCUGGUGACUCAUCUCAUCGGAAGACAGAGAUGAACUCGCUUAGGAUAGUAAAUGAGCAGCUACAGAGGUCACUUGAUGAUUGUCAGCACCGGCUGUCCAAGAAAAGAGGUGAACUUGAAUCAGCCCAAGCCCAAAUUAACAUACUGGAGGAAAAAAUAGGUAAACUGCACCUUCAGAUGACUUCGCAGAAUGAAGAGGCUCAUGUGAUGAAAAAGACCAUUGGUGUUAUUGACAAAGAAAAAGACUUUCUUCAGGAGACUGUAGAUGAGAAGACAGAAAAGAUUGCAAACUUGCAAGAAAACUUGGCUAGUAAAGAAAAAGCUAUUGCUCAGAUGAAGAAGACAAUCUCAGAGUAUGAAUCUUCUAUGAACCAGCUAAAGGAAACGUUGACGAAUCGGGACCGAGAAAUAAGCAGCCUCCGGCGCCAGCUUGAUGCAGCUCACAAAGAACUUGAUGAGGUAGGAAAAUCUAAAGAAAUGUCUUUCAAGGAAAACAGAAGAUUACAAGAUGAUCUGGCUACAAUGGCAAGAGAAAACCAGGAAAUCUCACUGGAAUUGGAAGCAGCAGUGCAAGAAAAAGAAGAAAUGAAGAGUAGAGUUCAUAAUUACAUAACUGAGGUGUCGCGAUGGGAGAGCUUAAUGGCUGCUAAGGAAAAGGAAAAUCAAGAUUUGUUAGAUAGAUUUCAGAUGCUUCAUAACCGUGCUGAAGACUGGGAGGUCAAAGCCCAUCAAGCUGAGGGAGAAAGCAGCUCAGUUCGACUGGAACUUCUUUCUAUUGACACAGAGAGGAGACACCUUCGAGAAAGGGUGGAGCUAUUAGAAAAAGAAAUUCAGGAGCACAUAAAUGCACAUCAUGCUUAUGAAUCUCAGAUCUCAUCAAUGGCAAAAACCAUGUCUAGAUUAGAAGAAGAGCUGAGACAUCAAGAAGAUGCAAAAGCAGCGGUGUUGAAUGAUCUGUCGUCUCUUAGAGAACUUUGCAUUAAGCUUGAUUCAGGCAAAGAUAUUAUGACCCAACAACUGAAUUCCAAAAGCCUGGAGUUAGAGAGGGUCAUGGCAGAAUUAGAAAAUGCAAAAUCAGAAGCAGAACUGUUAAAAAAACAACUGUCAAGUGAGAGACAUACAAUUAAAAACCUUGAAUCAUUGUUGGCUACAAAUAGAGAUAAGGAAUUUCAUUCUCAUUUAACAUCCCACGAGAAGGAUACAGAAAUUCAGCUACUUAAAGAGAAGUUAACCCUUUCAGAAAGUAAAUUAACUAGUCAAGGCCGGGAAAACACCAUGCUUCGGGCUAAAGUGACACAAUUACAAACCGAUCACGAUGCUCUGAAAAGGCAGAUUUCAACUGAAAGAUACGAACGAGAACGAGCAAUCCAAGAGAUGCGUCGCCAUGGUCUUCCCACACCACCUCUUUGUUCUACUCUGAGGUCUCCUUUACAUUCUCCUGAACAUAUAAACUGUUAA